AUGAAGUUCAUAGCUCUAGUUUUUGCAGUAAUUGUUACUUUUGUUUCUUCAUCUUCAUCAUCAUAUUCAUCAGUUAUUAGAAAACACAGUGAUGGUAAAGAAAAGGGUAGGGUGGUGGUGGGAGAGCAACCCUUGUCCAAAAUAGCAAUCCACAAAACUGUUGCUGCUCUCCGCCGUUCUGCCUCUAUUAAAGCCUCUCCACGACUCCUCGGAACCCAUGGCGAGGACACUGAAUGGGUGGAAGUCCGUCUUCAAAAUGCUCAACCCUCUGAAGAUGAUUGGGUUGGAGUUUUUUCUCCAGCUAAAUUCAAUGAAUCAAUCUGUGAGCCGGAACCAGGUGCUCUCGAUGAAGGCGAAACUCCAUAUUUAUGCACAGCCCCGAUCAAGUAUAAAUAUGCGAAUUUCUCCAACCUCAACUACACCAACACUGGAAAAACCACCUUGAAGUUCCAAUUGAUCAAUCAGCGCGCUGAUUUCUCCUUUGCGCUCUUUACUGGUGGACUGGAUAAUCCAAAACUGGUGGCGGUUUCAAAUCAUAUAUCAUUUGCAAAUCCGAAGGCGCCUCUAUACCCACGGCUUGCUCAAGGCAAAUCUUGGGACAUUAUGACAGUUACCUGGACCAGCGGCUACAGUAUUGAUGAAGCCGUCCCUUUUGUUGAAUGGGGCUGGAAGGGAUACACUCAAAUAUACUCCCCGGCUGGGACUCUGACAUUUUCUCGAGGAAGCAUGUGUGGUGGACCUGCUCGAACAGUCGGCUGGCGUGAUCCGGGCUUCUUCCACACAAGUUUCUUAAAGGAUUUGUGGCCUAACACUGUGUACACCUAUAGGAUGGGUCACAUAUUAUCUAAUGGUUCAUAUGUUUGGAGCAAAUUAUAUUCUUUCAAGUCAUCACCAUAUCCCGGACAAGAAUCAUUGCAGCGCGUUAUAAUAUUUGGUGACAUGGGAAAGGCGGAGCGCGAUGGUUCCAAUGAAUAUGCUGAUUAUCAGCCAGGCUCACUCAAUACCACUGAUCGUCUUAUUGAAGACCUUGAUAACUACGACAUAGUUUUCCACAUUGGAGAUCUCCCAUAUGCAAAUGGUUAUAUCUCUCAGUGGGAUCAGUUUACUGCACAAGUGGAUCCUAUACAAUCGGCAAAGGCUUAUAUGAUUGCAAGCGGCAAUCAUGAGCGCGAUUGGCCAAAUUCAGGUUCUUUUUAUGACACUAACGACUCUGGUGGUGAAUGUGGGGUGCUUGCUGAGACUAUGUACUAUGUUCCUGCAGAAAAUAGAGCCAAGUUCUGGUACGAAACGGACUAUGGUAUGUUCCAUUUCUGCAUUGCAGAUUCGGAGCAUGACUGGAGGGAAGGAUCCGAACAGUACAAGUUCAUUGAAAAAUGUCUGGCAUCUGCAGACAGGCAAAAACAACCUUGGUUGAUUUUUGUAGCUCAUCGUGUUCUUGGCUACUCAUCCAAUAGUUGGUACGGCUUAGAAGGGUCUUUCGAAGAGCCUAUGGGAAGGGAGAGUUUGCAGAAGCUGUGGCAGAAGUACAAAGUAGACAUUGCUUUCUACGGUCAUGUGCAUAACUAUGAAAGGAUCUGCCCUAUUUACCAGAAUCAAUGUGUAAACUCAGAGAAAUCACAUUAUUCUGGCACGGUGAACGGGACCAUCCACGUUGUAGUUGGAGGAGGAGGAAGCCACCUAUCGGAUUUCACUACCAUUGAUACGGUGUGGAGCAUCUACAAGGACCUUGACUUUGGGUUUGUGAAGAUGACAGCAUUCAACCGUAGCUCCCUUCUGUUCGAGUACAAGAAGAGUAGUGAUGGGGAGGUGUAUGACUCCUUCACCAUCUCAAGGGACUACAGAGAUGUCUUAGCUUGUGUGCAUGAUGGUUGUGAACCUACCACGCUUCCUACCUAACCAGUUUCCGUUACAUGCUCACCGUCUCUUUGAAUAAGCUUCUCUGCUUCUGUUUGUUGAAGCUCUUUAUGUAUUGUAAGUCACUAAGUUGUUACUAUGCGGAGUUGAAUAAAUGGUGAGUUUCAUGUUAAUUACUAA